AUGAGCUAUCCUCCUCAGCCUGAUUAUAGGAACCAAAUCCUCAAUAUGUACGGUGGUGGGACUGGGUUUGUAAGAUGCUGGACCAGUUUCGUUUGGGCACACAAGCUCAAUAGUGCCACAAGUGAAGAAAUCCAAUGCGUAUUCGAUGAAAUCGACCCCGACAAUACAUUACAUCUAAUUCAAGAUGUUUUCGGUAAUUAUGUAAUACAGAAGCUACUGGAACAUGGUACCCAGGCCCACAAGGACACUCUUGUUGGUGCCAUGGAAGGCCAUAUCAUCUAUCUAUCAUCCAAUGUCUAUGGCUGCCGCGUGGCUUUUGAAUGUGUAACUCCGGAGCAGCAAGUCAAGUUUGUUCAAGAACUCGAGCCCCAUAUUCUCAGAUGUGCCAAAGACUCGAACGGGAAUCACGUUAUUCAGAAGGUUAUCGAACGAGUUUCCCCUGACAGACUUGGUUUCAUUUCAACAUUCAUCGGCCACGCCCAUGGGCUUGCUUCUCAUCCAUUUGGCUGUCAUGUCUUGCAACAAUGUCUCCGUCACCUUCCUGAACCAUACACCCGGCCACUUCUCGAUGAACUUACAAGUCAUACCGCUAAUCUUAUGCAAGAUCAAUUUGGGUUGGCUUAUUGCGUUGGUUGUAGAACUAUAUCGUCCAGUUCAUUCUGGAAAACGGAUUGCCUUGCGACCGAUCGUCCAUUCUUACUCAGCUUCGGCGGGCGCGUGCUAGCAAUGGCUUGCCACAAGUUUGCCUCCAACGUCUGUGAGAAGGCGAUGAUCUUUGGUGACUCAGAUGGUCGCAAGGCGAUAAUCGAAGAACUGAUGGGACCGGCUUUGCGACCUGAUGGCCUGACACCAAUCGGGUUGCUCAUGAAGGAUCAAUACGGCAAUUAUGUUCUCCAGCGAGCGCUUGCAGUAGCGGAAGGCGAGCAGAAAGAGGCUCUCACCAAUGCUAUUCGUCCCCAACUGGCCACUAUGCGCAAACAUGCUGCUUACAGCAAACAUCUUGCCUCUAGUGCGAUUUUCUUCCACUUCUCAUCCUUCUGA